AAGCGCCCAAGCGCCAUGAUGACGCCGCCGACGCCGUCCUCCCUCCGCGACCUGCUCGCACGGGAGCGCGUCGAGGAGGAGGACGCGCCGCCGGCCCCGCGCCGCGCCUCCCGCUCGCCGCGGCGCGCGGCGUCGAGGUCGAGGUCGUGCAGGCACGCGUCGCCGCCACCGCCGCCGCUGGUCAGAAAAAAGGGGGAGGACGCUGCCGCAGCCGAAGGCGGCGGCGGCGCGGUCACCGCGGUGGUGGCCGUGCUGGCCGCGUACGCGGGGCGGUUCCUCAAGGACGCCGAGUUCCGGAGCGGGCUGCGGGACAAGUGCGCCUCCUGCCUCGCGCCCGCCUCCGCCGCCGCUGCCGCGGAGGACACGGCGUCCGGGCGCGCCGUGCUGGCCAACCUCGAUCUGGGAAUCGAGAGCAUCGAGCGCCUCGCCGCCGACGGCGCGGCCCCGCGCGACGCCAAGAUCCGCUCGCUCCGCAACUCCAUCCGCCUCCUCAGCGUCGUCGCCUCGCUCCACUCGCCGCGCCCCGGCGCCGCCGCGGGAAGCCGCAGCAGCAGCACCACCUGCGGGGUGCCCAACUCCCACCUCGCCGCGUGCGCGCAGCUCUACCUCUCCGUCGUCUACCGGAUGGAGCGCAACGACCGCGUCGCCGCGCGACACCUGCUGCAGGUGUUCGCCGACGCGCCGGGCCUCGCGCGCAGGGACCUGCUCCCGGACCUCUGGGACCACGUCUUCCUGCCCCACCUGCUCCACCUCAAGGUCUGGUUCACCAAGGAGGUCGAGCUCGUCGCCGACUGGGACGCCGACGACCGGUGCAGGAGGAUGAAGAGCCUGCAGAGGCUGUACAACGAUCACAUGGACAGUGGCACGGCUAAGUUUGCAAUGUACUACAAGGAGUGGCUCAAGUCAGGGGCCGAUGCGCCGCCGGUGCCCUCUGUUCCAUUGCCUUCGAUGCCUGGAAAUAUUGAUGCGUGUGAGAAGCUCUCGGCUUCGGUGCGCAGGAGCUCCAUCAAUAGAAACCUGUAUAAUGCGGUUUUUGGUACGACAUUGGAGCUGGAAGAUGUCAAAGAUGCAAAGCUAGAUGAUGAGACGGAAUUAGUUUUGGAUGUGGAUGUGGAUGUGGAAUUGAAUGAUAAUUCAGUGACCUGGAAGCCGGAGAAGCUUGUUCAUAGUAAAAUGGGGCUCCAAGAAAAGCAUUCCCGCUCUCGGAAAGAAGGCGCUAUUCCGGAAACAGCACCUACACAACGGAAAUCAUACUCUUUUCGACUAUUCUCCUGUCAAGGUGAUAUAAGUAGGAACGUUAUCAAUCAUCCUAGGACAACAAAGAAGGAAGUUGUGUCUGUCGAGAAAGAGCUGGACAAUGAUGAAGUAACAAUGACUCUAGAACGAGCAAUUUCUGUGGUGUCCAAUUCAGACAACCUUAGGCAGUGCGAGGAUGCUGUGCAUGAAGUUGCCAGAGCAUGUUCAACCUUGCAAGGGGACCCUAAUCUUGUAAACUUGCUGUCAUGUGCCUCGUUUAUUCAAGGGCUUCUCGAGGUUACAUUCACCUCCAAAGACAAUGCUGUACUGGAGUCAGCUAUCUUGAUAAUGGGAAAGUUGGUGUUAGGUAACGAGGUGAUUAGACAGCUUGUGCUUAACGCAGAUCCACAGCUUGAGGUUUUCUUAAGACUUCUGAGAAGCAACGAGUUGUUCUUGAAGGCUGCUAUAGUGCUCUAUAUGAUGAAGCCUAAAGCUAAGCAGAUGCUAUCAUUGGACUGGAUACCGCUAGUACUGCACAUAUUGGAGUGUGGUGAUGAGGUGCAAUCUCUGUCUUCUGUGAAAUGCGCACCCAAAAUUGCUGCGUUCUAUUUCCUAGAUCAGCUUCUUAUGGGGUUUGAUGUCGAUAGAAACAUUGAGAAUGCAAAGCAGAUGAUUGCUCUAGGUGGGUUGGACCUCCUCAUUAGCAGACUUGAAGCUGGUGAUGCUCGCGAGAGCAGACACUGCAUUGCUCUCUUGACCGCAUGUAUUCAAGCUGACGGCAGUUGUAGACACUACUUAGCUGAUAAUCUGAACAAGGAACCGAUUGUUCAACUUCUUGUUGGAAAUCAAAAGAAGGCUAGUGCUGCGGCCCUUAAUUUGUUGAGUGAACUGGUCUGCCUUAAUAGAACAACCAAAAUUGUGGAGUUCCUCAAGGAGCUGAAAACUAGUGGCUGCUUGAAUACAAUGCAUAUUCUGCUGGUCUAUCUCCAGCAGGCUUCUCUUGUCCAACAUCCACUAGCAGCUGUCCUGCUACUCCAGCUUGAUCUCCUGGGCGAUCCUUUGCAGUACAGUUUAUACAGAGAGGAGGCGAUCGAUGCCAUGAUAGCUGUUUUGGAGCACAGUUCACAGAGCAGAAAGGUCCAAGAACAAUGUGCUCGUGCUCUUUUAAUCUUGGCUGGGCGGUUUUCUUCUUCAGGAGAACCCAUAGCAGAAGCAUGGCUACUAAAGAGAGCAGGUCUAGACGAUUCCCUCUCUGAAUCCUUUAGGAGAACAGAGAUAUUCAAAGAUAAGAGCGUUCGAGCGGAAGAAGAAAAGGUGAUUGAAGAACGUCUAAAGAAACUUGCCUUAAUGUUACUGAACAGUGGGGGCAAAAGGUUCCUCAUGGCACUGUCAAACUGCAUAUCCGAUGGAAUCCCGAGUCUGAGUCGAUCCUGUCUCAUCACCAUAACAUGGAUGAGCAGCUCCCUCUCACCACUGCGUGGGUGCAACGAUUUCCAGCCUCUAGCAUGCUCCAUUCUUGCGCCUAAGCUUUUAGAUAGCUUAAGCUAUGACAGAGUUUUGGAGGAGAGGGUGCUUGCUUCACUGUCCCUGUUGAAUGUUGUGAGACAUCCAGAAUGCAUGGAGAAGGUUUUCCCACUGAAGAAAGAGACGAUCGAGUCACUCCAGGAUCUUGCAGAGGUGACCUGGACUGCAAAGGAGCUCCUCUUUGCCUGCUGCAGAUGACUUGCAAGGUCGUCUGGUCAUCAGUGAUCAAGACUACACCAGCAUGUAAUUGAGUAAUUGGUUACAAAAUGGUGUUGUGAUCGGCCAUUGUUCUGUACACAAAUUGUUCUGUUGAUAUGUAAAGCCCUAUAGCUUCUUUCCCUCUUAAUAAACUUCGGUUUUCGCUGUUAAAUUA